UAAUAGUAUUAUUUGUUAUUAUUGAUGAUACCCAUCAUGCGUUCGUCAUAAUUACCGUUACUUCAUAGCUCGUAUCCGCUCGUCACGAUCGAUAACAAAAAUAUAGGAAUAUUAGUCGUCGUUCGAUUUGAUUCCUUGCUUGCCUUGCGGCACUUGCGAUAUUCCUCCUCGUGUCCUCAAAAUAUCACCGACCUUUUACCGUCCCGGUCGGUCGUGCUCUGUUGUGGCAUCGACUCGUCACCUGAAGAGUUGCACCAUUUCUGAUACGGAUCGUCUAUUUUGCGUUGGCGCCGAACACCCUCGCAAUUCGCCAUGACCUGGUUCCAGUUGACUGUCACCACUGUUUCUUGACGUAGCCGUAUGACCACCGACCGACCCAUUCGCUGACGUUCAACCGAUUUCCCAUCCGCCAGACAAAACAUGGCCGGCCGUCAAGAAGACAACAGCCAAUACCGUGCCACAUCUGGUUACUUCCAUAGAGCAGGUAGUUCAUCUUCUGUGAACCAAUCGCCUAGGAGAGUAGCCAAAACAGACCUUAUUACGGAUACGCAUUGCACAGUACCUAGCAGCGGGAUGCCACCAGGUGGACACUAUCACCGGUCUCAUGAAAUUCAGCCAUUGUACGUCCCAAUCGUUACUGCUGACCAACCAUCGAGAAAUAUUAAUAGUUAUACAUCUUCCUCUGUAAGUUUUCAGUCAUCUUCGCAAUUAUUCAAGCCAGAAGUUCAACAAAUUGCCAAGCAUAUUCAGAAUAUUUGGGCUACUUGGAAACAAAGUAAAGUCUUAACAGACACACUGAGGAAAUUUUUUGAAACCAGUCUGAAUCCUUAUGAUUCUUUAUUGCAAUUGGUAAGUGUUGUGUCAGAAGAUAGAAUUAAGGGCAAAGCUAAUACCAUGGUUCAUACAAUAACAGAAGAAUUUUACAAAUGGAUAACAAUGAAUGAAAGUGAAUAUGAAUCAAUGUUAACUGAUGAGUUGAAAAUUCGAGCGUUUAAAAUGAUACUUGAGAAGAGAAUGUGUUUAAACACAAUUAACACCAUUGUAAACAUUUUUAAGUGUAACACAAAUUUAGACUUUAUGGAAGGAUUAAUUAGAGAAUCGAUAAGACAAAAAAAAUUUAAAGAGGCAUGUUAUGCUACUAUCAGUUUAAAUAUACAAGAUCGAUUUACCGUAGAAGAUUUUUUACUUCCCUUAUUUUUCUUGAACAUGGUGUCUGUAACAGAAGAAUAUCUAGUCACUUCUAAAUUUCAACAAGAAGCUUUGGUGAAAUAUUUUGAUGAUUUAUUAGCCCAAAAUGAUGAUUGUUUAUACAUAUUAGCCAAACGUUUGAAUGUUACUCCAGCCAACAAUAAUUUUUCUACCAAAAGUCAAAUUAAAACGAAUCUAACGAGGAUUAUGAAGAAAUAUAGUAUCCCAAAUGGACUUGCACCCAACAUAACUAAACAGAAAAAAAAAGGAGCUCUAAAGUUCAUGUUUCAUCGUUAUCAAUCUGGUGUCACUGGUAUUGAUGGUUGGAGAGAAAUGGUUUUGGAAUCCGUUGGUAACAAUGUGGAUAUGAUGUUGGAAGUUGUUAAAAUGCUAGACAACUAUGGUGAUAUUCAAGAGGCUAUUUAUUUUUCACGACUGUUUUCUAUUGAUCCAGCAAUAUUGCCACUGAACACACAACAAGAAUUAUUAUUCAGCGAAAAUGCGAGUGCAACUAUAGAUAGAUCAAUACCAAUGGAAGAUUACAAGUUUAUGGAAUACCAUGAACUAUCAUUGCCUGACCAUCAAAUACAUAUAAUUGACUCGGUAUCAAAGUUUGAUGAAUUUUUAGAUAAAAUCAAUGUUGAAUUAUAUGAUGCAAAUUUUGAUAUUUUGGGCUUGGACUGUGAGUGGAAACCUGAGUUGACAUGUGAUAAGAGUGAUUUAGCUUGUAUUCAACUAGCUACCAGAAAUGCUAUUUAUAUAUUUCAUUUACCUCAAUUGCAACCAGCAGAACAUUUCAAGCUUCACUGGGAAGAAUUUUCAAUGAAUAUAUUUAGCAAUACAAAUAUAUUAAAAUUAGGUUUUGAAUGGAAAGGAGAUGCAUCAAUGAUUAGAUCAACAUUACCAAUUGAUUGUCUACAACUGAAUGGGCCUGGAUUUGUUGAUUUAAAAUUGUUAUGGAAAGAACUAGAAUCUAAGUGGAAUUUCCAGCUACCUUUCCAAAAUCCAAAUGAAGAUAUAGCCUAUAAUAGUCUUUCAGAUUUAGUCAAAUUAAGUCUUGGAAAACCAUUAAAUAAGAUUGAACAAUUUUCAAAUUGGGAAAAAAUACCAUUGCGAUAUAAUCAAAUUAAAUAUGCUGCAUUGGACGCUUAUUGUUUAUUAGAAAUUUACAAUAUAUUAAAAAAGAAAUGUAAGACCAGUAAUAUACCAUUUGAUGAAGUGUGUCAAAAAAUAUCAAAUAAUAAUAAUCCUGAUACAAUGAAACCUAAACCAAGGAAUAGAAAAAACAGACAUAGUGUGCCAAAAACCAAUAUAAAAUCAAAGUCUCCUCAUACCCUAGUUUCUAGUGUUAAGGAUUUUAAAUUGUUGGUACCAAAUACAUUAGAGAAGUUAGCUGAACGUUUACGAAAAUGUGGUAUUGAUACUUCCAUAAUUGAUAGAUCUAAAAUCAAUGACUGCCAGUACAUAAUAAACCAAAUUAAAGCAAACAAUUUAUAUUUUAUUGCCUUUGGACAUGCAUUCUCAAAGGUAGCAAAACAAUUACGGAUCGGCCAAUGUUAUUGUGUUCAAAAUCAUAACUUAGAUGACCAAAUACAAGAAGUUUUGAAUUACUUCAAAAUUGUUGUAAAAAAAGAAGAUCUGAAUAGUCGUUGCAAGAAUUGUAACAGUGACAAGUAUGAGACGGUUAGCAGUUCAGAUAUGAAAAAUAUUUAUGACUCCAUCAAAACUAUUCAAAAUAAACCACCUGUUAGCCAAUAUAGACCACCUUCUAUUGAUGAAGAUUAUGAAGAUUAUUAUGAUGAUUAUGAUUACUCAGAUGAUGAAGGGACAGCUGCUCCAAUUGACACAACAUUUUUUACCAACACCUCUACUACAACAGCUACAACCCAGCUUGAAGAACCAUACAGCAAAUUAUUGACUGGUUAUACUAAUGAAAAUGUGGAAAUAGAUAUCAAACCAUUGUCAGCUGAUAUGUUUGGUGACAAAAAUCGGGUAUUCAAUAUUUGUAAUUGUUGUGGUUCAAUUAGUUGGGACAAUUCCCAAUGGGAGAGUGCACUCGGCAGCAGUUUAGGUAUAAAAUAUUGACAAACUAAGAUUAAACAUACAUAAUUUUUGGCA